AUGCUGAGACGCUCUUCACACCAUCGUUCAUCUCCAAAAGAUGGGGAUAGGAGUGAUAGAGACAAACAAAGGGGUGGAAAGGGUAGAGAUAAAGAUAGAGAAAGAGAAAGAGAAAGAGACAUAGGUGGUGACAGGGAUAGGGAGAGGGACAGGGUGAGGGUAAAAAGGGAACAUGGAUGUGAGCCUGAGAAAGAAAGGGAAGAGAGAGAUCAAGUGAAAGAGAAAGAACAUGAAAGACCACAUCGAAGUGGAAGCAGAUCAGAAGACAUGGGAGUGAAAGGGACAGGGAAAAGAGUCGUGAUAGAGAGGUUAAAGAUAAAGAAAUGA